CGAACAUACAAAAUGGCAGCGCGCAUGAUGCUGAGUUUAUGUCGUUCACGUCUUCUAACAUCAGUCCCCGUAUCGCAGGCGUGCAGAAGAGGGACAGCAGUUGCAGCAGCUGCGCGCGAUAAAGUCGCGCUAAACAUACCGGAAACGCGCAUCAGCACACUGCCGAACGGCUUACGAGUGGCAACAGAAGAUUCAGGAAUCCCCACGUCCACGGUGGGUUUGUGGAUCGACGCCGGCAGCCGAUUCGAAAACGAUCGUAACAAUGGCGUCGCGCAUUUCCUAGAACACAUGGCAUUCAAGGGCACGAGUAAGCGUUCACAGACAGAUCUGGAGCUAGAGGUGGAGAACAUGGGCUCACAUCUGAAUGCCUACACGUCCCGUGAACAGACGGUCUACUAUGCCAAGUGCUUCUCCAAACACAUGGAACAAGGUAACGAGUCGUGGUUGUGUAUUUCUCUUUUUUUUAGAUGUAAACAACAAUACUUUAAUAAUAAUAAUAAUCAAUUUUCGUGUUGCAGGUCGAUCAGUCGUAAGGAUCUGGUUGAGUACAUCACGACUCAUUACAAGGGACCGAACAUUGUCCUCGCUGCAGCUGGAGGUGUCAACCACGAGCAGCUGGUGGGACUUGCCGACAAGUACCUCGGUGGUUUGAAGCCGAUGCCGGCGGGCCAGACCCAUCACCUGCAGCCCUGCAGCUAUACGGGCAGCGAGUUCCGUCACUCGGAUGACAGCAUGCCUCUCGCUCACAUCGCGCUGGCGGUCGAGGGGGCUGGAUGGGAGAACCCGGACACGAUCCCGCUCAUGGUCGCCAACACAAUCAUUGGUAUCUGGGACAGAUCUCAUGGAGCAGGAGGGAACGUUAGCAGCAACCUGACAAAGUCGGCUGCCGAGGGCAACCUGUGCAACAGCUUCCAGAGUUUCAACACCUGCUACACUGACACGGGUCUGUGGGGAAUCUACUUCAUCUGUGAGAAAGAAACCAUCCCCGACUUCAUACGCAGCGUGCAGGCCGAAUGGCGGCGCAUGUGCUUCGACGUGACGGACGCUGAGGUCACGCGAGCGAAGAACCUCCUCAAGACCAACAUGCUGCUGCAGCUCGACGGGUCGACGCCCAUCUGUGAGGACAUCGGCAGGCAGAUGCUGUGUUACGGACGCCGCAUACCACUGCAUGAGCUCGACGCGCGCAUCGAGGCGAUAACCGUCGACACGGUGCGAGGCGUCUGCACCAAGUACAUACACGACCAGCCGCCCACCGUCGUUGCCAUCGGUCCGGUCGAUCAGCUGCCACCGAUAGCGAUUUCGUGAGAGCUGGCAUGCGAGCGUAGCUGUCACAAGCUCUCGUAG